GGACUUCAAUCUUUCAGUCUUCAGUGCCAAGGAGCAAAAGCGUAGGGUGACACGAAGAGAGAGGAUCAUGACAUAGUGCAACUACACCAGAAACUAUGGAAGAUAAGCUGUUCUCACUGCCAGAUUUGCACCACCACCGGAGCGAAGAUGAUUGCUGGAUUGCAAUCCACGGCAACGUUUACAAUGUUACCAGCUUCUUAGGCAAUCACCCUGGGGGAAAGGCCAUCCUUCUUCGCCAUGCUGGCACUGAUGCGACAAAUGCCUUCGAGGACGUCCAUCCAAUCGAACUUCUUGACGAAUACCUAACCCCCAAGCAACUUUUGGGUCGGUUGGAGCCCACUGCUCAGGGCAAAAGAACAAUCACACAAGCAACGCCUCUGGCUCUCCCAAUGGCGACGAUACUGAGCAUCGCCGAGAUGGAACGCAUUGCCUUGGAGCGUCUCAGCCCCAAGGCUCUCGCGUACUACACAUCCGGCACAGACGAUCAAAUCACAAAACUAGCCAACGGAAAUAUUUUCAAGUCCAUCUUGCUCCGGCCGAGGGUAUUCGUGGACUGCACCCACUGUUCGCUAUCAACCACUCUCCUAAGCAAUCGGGUCGGCUUGCCAAUCUUCAUUGCCCCAGCAGCCAUGGCCAAAUUGGCUCAUCCUUCGGGUGAAGCUGGUAUUUCUGCUGCUUGUUCUAGGCUCAAUGCACUGCAAAUCAUCAGCAAGAACGCGUCUAUGUCCGUGACAGACAUUGUGCAGGCAGGCCCCGACGCAGUGUUCGGCUGGCAGCUUUACGUUCUCAAGGAUACCAAGGCUACAGAGAGGACCUUGGCUCACAUCAAGAAUAUCCCGCAGAUCAAAUUCAUCGUUUUGACUCUCGAUGCUCCAUUCCCAGGAAAACGGGAAGCUGAUGAACGUUACAAGGCUGCAGAAGUCGCAGCAGGCGCAUCUCCGUCGGUCUGGGGUACGGAAUCUGCCCUGACCUGGGACAAGACUUUGGUCUGGCUGUGCCGUCACACUGACCUUCCAAUUGUGUUGAAGGGCAUCCAAACUCAUGAGGAUGCGCACCUGGCGACCAAGUUCCCGGCCGUCCAGGGCAUCAUCCUAUCUAACCAUGGUGGCAGGGCGUUGGAUACUACCAACACGCCCAUUCAGGCCCUGUUGGAAAUACGAAAAUUCUGUCCGCGGGUUCUUGAUCAGUUGGAAGUUUGGGUUGAUGGAGGCAUCAAGAGAGGAUCCGAUGUGAUCAAGGCGCUGGCUCUGGGCGCGAAGGGUGUUGGGCUCGGUCGAGCGGCACUUUACGGCCUGGCGGUAGGCGGAGAGGAAGGCGUUUACCGAUCUCUGGAGAUUCUCGCGGAUGAAGCUGUGACGACUAUGAGGCUACUUGGCGUUGGUCGUGUAAGCGAUCUUAGACCCUACCAUGUGAACGCUGCUGUAUUGAAUUCUCAGCUUUAUGAUGGGCCGUCAGGUUUGGAUGUAGCAGAAACCAGUGUCAGCGCAAAACUAUAGGCAUCGCAUAAGACACAUCUUUUUGAACCGAGUAGCAUGUAAUGAAUGAUAGUAGAUGAGCGUGGACAUUCCCCG